AUGAAACUAUCAACCGCUGUAUUGUCAUCAAUCCUGCUUACUUGCUCAGUUACUACAGCUAAACCAGCCCCUCCCAUUACAACUAUAAGCACUGUGCCUAAAAUUUCAACAGGUCAUAGUGCACGAGAUGCAGGAUUAGCUGGCAUUAACUCGCUUUCAACCCGUGAUAGGUCUGUUAUCAAAACCUUUGUAGCAAAAAAAGAGUACCAUAAAAAGGCAAGCAAACUACACGGCUUGGUACAAUCUGUGUAUAAUGCUCAGGCAAACCUAUUAAUUGGGCUGGGUGAGGACCCUAAACGCUUUCAAAGUAGAUCUUGGGAAAUCAGUGCCAAUCCAAAUCACGAGCUUAGUGAACAAUAUUUCAUUCUCUCCAAACUUAAAGAACAGUCUAAUUGUCAUCUUCGGCAGUGA